AUGUCUCUGCCCAGCGCCACGUCCAAGUCGCUCACACUCACCAAGGCCACCAAAGAUGAAAGAGUCUACAUCUGGACUCGCCACCAGCCCAUCUGGGGCCACAGGCUAACAGCCCAAGCCUACAUCGACAGAGAAGAGCACCUCCUCGCCUACCAGCUCACCAAAGACGGCGGCCUCACCUCGUGGAUCCUCACGGAUCCCACCAGCACCGACGCCCACGGCGCCCCGGGCGGCCGCCCCAUCCUCUCCGCCGUAGAAACAUACCGCAAGCGCGCCGUCGUCCGCGACCCAGCCGGCGCCGUCCGGGACGUCACCGCCCACGGCGUCGCCAGCGUCUUCACCUUCGACGAGUUCCGCCGCCAGGGCUACGCCGGCCGCAUGUUGGCCCUGCUCGGCGAGGCCCUCGCCGCCCAGCAGGCCGAGGACCCCGGCAGCGCCGAGUUCUCCAUCCUCUUCUCCGACAUUGGCAGGGACUUUUACGCCAACCACCAGUGGGUGCCGUUUGCCAGCGCACACCUGACGUUUCCCACUGCGCCGUUUACCACGCCGUACGACGACCGGCUCACGCUCGUAACGGGGGACAAUUUGCAGGAAGUCGCCCGGCUGGACGAGCAGACUCUCCGUAGGAAGAUUGCCCAUCCUCCCGGCCGGGGGUAUACGGUGAGGGCGGCGGUCCUGCCCGAUUUCGCCACGUACGAGUGGCAGAUGGCCAGGGAGAGGUUCUUGUGCGACUACCUGCUGGGCGAGGCGCCGACCGUCCAUGGGGCCAUGUACACGCCCGCGGACGCGCCCGGUUCCCGCGUCUGGAUGCUGUGGUCCAACAUCCUCUAUGGGGGCAAGGAAAAGCCCCAGGAUAACGUCAUGAAUAUCCUCCAUUAUGCCCUUGAGGAUGAGAAUAUUUCCGAUGAGGACUUGUCAAGGGCAUUGGGUGCCAUCAUGGGUCUCGUUCAUACUGAAGCCCAGGCCUGGCUUUGCUCCAGGGUAGACAUGUGGAAUCCCGAUGAGCGGACGCAAAGACUGCUGGAAAAUAUGACUCACCUACAGGGCAAACUGAUUGUUCGGGACCAAACAAACAUUCCAAGCCUCAGAUGGUUUGGUCAAGCACCAGUGUCCGAGGUCGAGUGGGUUGACAAUGAGAAGUUUGAGUGGUGUUGA